AUGUCCUUCUCCAACCUCCCCUCAGAAUUGGUCGGAAUGGUGGCUUCCUUCUUGGAAGUACCAGACUUGCACAAUCUACGGCUGACAUCCCCAGCCAUUGCUAUCUUGACAGCCCAUGUAUUAUUGAAAAAUGUCCUACAUACCCGCAGAACAGAUCUCUCAGUCACCAGCUUGGCGAAACUGGAGAACAUUUCUGAUACCCUCCAAUCGCGCUAUGUGCGCCACCUAACUGUAAAGGGGUUCGACGAAGAUAAUAGAGCCCUCGGAGAAGGGCUCGCCGGGCAACAUCUCCAGAAAAGAGAACUAGCUCUUAUAUGGCUACUUGUCAUACUUAUCAGAUUCAAUAACUGUACGUCAUUUGAGGUCGACGCUGUGUCAGAUUGCAAUUGUCCGAUUUUUUCAAGCACUCUUUAUCACACGGAGGCCAUCUCACUCAUUAUGGCAGUUAUUACCAUAUCCAGCCAUCCUGUUACGUCGUUUACGGUCAAGUACCGCAACGGCUGCCCAGAUAUAUCCGAACUUGCUCCGGUACACGUCAAUAAUACUCGAUUUCGUGCAGGAUGGGCACACCUAAGAGAACUUAGGCUGAACCAUACAGUGGCAUUUCCAAAGGUGAUGCAAUGGAUGUUUGAUGUGAUUAUUUGCGCGCCUAACCUACGUAUUCUAUAUAUCAACUUAAACAGGGAGUAUGAGACAGCGUGGUUGACGGGUCAAUUGGCUGCAGGGAAUAUCCCAUGGCCGUACUUGGAGGAACUGCAUUUAAAAAGAGUGCGCCUAAGAAUCCAGGACCUCUCCAUCCUCUUACACAGAUGCCGAAAUACUCUCUGUGCCCUGUUCCUAUCAUCACUCGACAUCGAAUCCAACAGUACCGGCGACGAUCUACAAGCGCUAUUCCGGUCCCUCGCUGACUUCCCUGCCCUAAAAACAAUUCACAUCAAAGCAUUAUCCGGCAAUUCCGCUGAACAUGUGAAACGGUUUAUCCACUUUCCUGCAAAUUCUGAGGAUCCAGCUAUAGGUUGGGGAUGGGAGAUAAAGCCUCUUCAGGUGAACAGUCAUUUGUGGGUUAAUGCUAAUGUGAAGUAUUCGGGGACAAUGACGGGUAAUGUUUUGAGGGUUUUGGCGAAGAGGUUGGAGCUUCUUUCGACAGAUUUGCCUUGA